ACGCACCUUGCCGCCCAAAGCAGCUCUCCCCUGCCGGCUGCGGCCAUCACUUCAGCGGGAACUUCUCCGGAUUCGGGCACCGCCAAGGUUCCUUUGAGAGGAUGGGUUGCAAAGGUCUCAUCAGUAUUGGACAGCAGUUGUUCCGUCGGAAAGUUGUGGACUGCACAAGAGAAGAUAGCCGUCUGUCACGAUGCCUCAACACAUUUGACUUGGUUGCGCUUGGUGUGGGCAGCACACUUGGGGCAGGAGUUUAUGUGCUUGCUGGGGCAGUGGCCCGAGAAAAUGCAGGACCCGCCAUUGUGAUCUCAUUCCUGAUUGCUGCUCUGGCAUCUGUGCUGGCUGGACUUUGCUAUGGUGAAUUUGGUGCUCGAGUUCCAAAGACAGGAUCAGCUUAUUUGUACAGCUAUGUCACUGUGGGCGAGCUGUGGGCAUUCAUCACUGGAUGGAAUCUCAUUCUUUCCUAUGUCAUUGGUACGUCAAGCGUGGCCAGAGCAUGGAGUGCAACAUUUGAUGAACUUAUAGGCAAGCAUCUUGAGACCUUCUUUCAUAAGCACAUGUCUAUGGAUGCUCCUGGAGUGUUAGCAGAAUACCCAGACAUCUUUUCUGUUUUCAUUAUCUUAAUCUUAACAGGACUCUUAACUUUUGGAGUGAAAGAAUCUGCAAUGGUUAACAAAGUGUUCACUUGCAUCAACGUUCUUGUCUUGGGCUUCGUGAUGGUGUCAGGAUUUGUGAAGGGGUCAAUAAAAAACUGGCAACUCCCUGGUGACACUGUGACGAAUACAACAAACACCUCACAUCUGUACAAUGUCACCCAGGAAGAAACCCCACAUGGUGCUGGUGGAUUCAUGCCCUAUGGUUUCUCUGGAGUACUAUCAGGGGCAGCUACUUGCUUUUAUGCAUUUGUAGGAUUUGACUGUAUUGCCACCACAGGAGAGGAAGUCAAAAACCCCCAGAAAGCAAUUCCAAUAGGAAUUGUGGCCUCGCUUCUGAUUUGCUUUGUUGCGUACUUUGGAGUGUCGGCUGCUCUCACCCUCAUGAUGCCUUACUACCUACUAGAUAAAAACAGCCCUUUGCCUAAUGCAUUUAAGUAUGUGAAAUGGGAAGGUGCAAACUAUGCAGUGGCUGUUGGCUCACUUUGUGCUCUUUCUACCAGCCUGCUUGGGUCCAUGUUUCCAAUGCCUCGAGUCAUUUAUGCCAUGGCAGAAGAUGGGCUCCUGUUCAGAUUUUUGGCUCGUGUCAAUGAGAGGACAAAAACUCCGAUGAUUGCUACGAUAAUAUCAGGAGCCGUGGCAGCUGUUAUGGCCUUUCUUUUUGAUCUGAAAGAUCUUGUAGAUCUUAUGUCCAUUGGGACACUCCUGGCUUACUCCUUGGUGGCUGCCUGCGUGUUGGUACUAAGGUACCAACCUGAGCAGCCCAAUUUGGCAUACCAGAUGGCCAGCACAACGGAUGAAGUAGACAACAAUGAGUCUGUGAGCACUAGUGAAUCCCAGGUUGGGUUUCUACCAGAGGAAGAAGAGAAGUGCUCCCUAAAAGCUGUUCUCUCCCCCCAAAACUCUGAUCCGUCCAAACUCUCUGGGUUUAUAGUGAAUGUUUCCUCCUGUAUCAUAGGUUUCCUUAUCAUCACCUUCUGCUGCUUAGCUGUCCUUGGCAAAGAGGCUCUGAUGAACGGGACCACGUGGGCUAUCAGCCUGCUUGUUAUAGAUUUCCUCCUCUGCUUUGUUGUCACCGUGGUUAUUUGGAGGCAACCUGAAAGCAAAACCAAACUCUCUUUCAAGGUUCCCUUUCUGCCUGUCCUUCCAAUCCUGAGCAUCUUUGUGAAUAUUUAUCUCAUGAUGCAGCUGGACAGUGGCACUUGGAUACGGUUUGCUAUCUGGAUGUCAAUAGGUUUUGUUAUUUAUUUAGGCUAUGGCAUAUGGCACAGCGUGGAGGCCUCGUACUCAGCACCAACGGAUGCAGAAAGAAGUACAGACAACAACACGGACACGUGCAAGUGAUUGACAGCAUGAUACCUAAAAACAGACACUGAGCAUCAUCAGUGGCGGGGAGGGAGACCUUCUCUCUUGGAUCUGGAAGUAUUUUAUUCUGUGGAACGUCAGGUGGGCCUCUGUGUCCCACCAACGCCUCUUGCAGCUAGUUUUUACCUUGGUGGUGCAGCUAUAAGGGAUCACAAGGAAAAAUCCAAACGUCUGGCAUACUCCCAAGCAACACUGUGGCCCAGUGUUGGCAGACUUCUUUCGUCCCUUCUUUCCCUCCCCCCUCCCUCUUUUGGUUUUAACUGUAUGGCAAGAAAACCGCUCUUCUGUAUGCCAGUUCACGUCCAGUGCUGCUGUGAGACCAAGCUGGCGAAUGAAUGCUUUAGGGUACCAUACCUGGAUUUAAAUGGAGCAGACUAUGCAUUAUCUGCAAAGAUAACACAAGUUGGACCACCACAAAGAAGGGGGCCAUGCCUAAACAAAGACAUAAAUAAUAACCUCCUGUAUGGUAUGA